ACACACACAUUUCGAGAGAGAAAUGGGGGAAUCAGUGGACAGUGUGUUUGUAGGCAGUGAGCCAGGCUGGGUUAUGUAGUGUUACUGAUCCACCCCCAGUGUUUCAGCAGCAGCAGAACCCUGAUGCUGAUCUCCCUGGGUGCUAAAAUGUUCUCAUGUUUCGCCUUAUAUUAGGUUUACGUUUCACGCCGACACACACUUCCUCGUUUGAUGGCUUUUGUGAAUACCCUAGCCUUUGACUUAGUUUCUGCUUCUUUUUUUCCUUCGAGUGUGUGUGAGAGUUGUUUUUACGGCACUGGGGAUGAAGCUAACAGGCUAGCAGCAGGAACGGGGAUGAUAUUGUUGGCAAUACGCUUAGCUCACUAGCUUCAUCUUUUUUAUCCCUGGCUAAUGGUAAGGAAGAGCAGCGCGGUGUCACAUUAACCGGCUUACACCUACUUUCCUACACUCGCGUUCCGUAUUGUUCCGCGGAGAGAAACAAACGACGAGUCCAAGACACUGGAGCUCCACCGUGAGAGACUUUUUUUAAUACGUACAAUUUUUUUUACAAAUAAAACUAAACUAAACAGAAAUCUGAACCAGCAGCAGCUAGCCGGCUAGCUGCCUGUGCUGAGUGGAGAAGACGGGUUCUUAGGAGAGAGGGAAGCCUGUAAUGGCCAACGAGCCGGUUAUACUGAACGUGUAUGACAUGUACUGGAUCAAUGAGUUCACUACCUCUCUGGGUAUCGGGGUCUUCCACUCAGGGAUUGAGGUUUACGGCAGAGAAUUUGCAUAUGGAGGGCAUCCAUAUCCAUUUUCCGGAAUAUUUGAGAUAACGCCUGGUGAUGCCACAGAGCUUGGGGAGACAUUUAAAUUCAAAGAGGCUAUUGUACUCGGGAGUACAGACUUCACAGAGGAGGACAUUGAGCGGAUCAUGGAGGAGCUCGGAAAAGAGUACAAGGGCAACGCAUACCACCUUAUGCACAAGAACUGCAAUCACUUUUCCUCAGCAUUGUCAGAGAUCCUGUGUGGUCGUGAGAUUCCACGCUGGGUGAACAGACUGGCCUACUUCAGCUCAUGUGUGCCCUUCCUACAGAGCUGCCUACCUAAAGAGUGGCUGACUCCUGCAGCACUGCAGUCCAGUGUGAGUCAGGAGCUACAGGGUGAGCUGGAGGAAGCCGAGGAUGCCGCCGCCUCUGCCUCGGCCUCGGCCUCCACGCCUCGUCCCAGCCGACACCAGCCACGCGAUAGGCCCCACUGCCACGACUGACAGGCCUCAGAGACUGCCUCAAAGCUCCUGCUGCCAACAGAGCCCACCCCUUCCAGUAACAGACCUGCAAUCCACCAGCAGCAUAGAUAAGCCCAGUCCUAUCAGUGAAUGGCUCUGACAGAACCAUAGAGGACCCUGCACUAUUGGAUAUAUUAUCUUUGUUCUCUUCUCUCUUUUAUUAUUUUUUGCCUCAAGGACCCUGAGGAUUUUCUACCUAAUUUACUGAAAAACACCCAGAGUUAGUUUUAUCAGUGUUUAAAACAUUUUAAUACUUUUUGCCUCUAAUGUUUAUUUUGGAAACUCAGGACAGAAAGACAUUUUCCACAUGAAUUUUCCUAACUCACCUGAAGGUUAUUAUGUUCUUGAUAUUAAUUUAAUGCUGGUUUCAAAGCUGGAUUCUUCUUUCUUCAACAUUCUUUCCUCUACUACACAUCACCUUUUUAUUUUUAUUAUUUUUUUAAAAGGAGCUUUUGGUUACAAAAAGUAGUGUUUAUGUCCAUGUAUUUAUAGUUUCUUCUUACAGAGAAGCUGACACCUGGGCCAAAUAACCCUCUCUUUUGUACUGACACACAUCCCAUGUCUACCCACCUUGGUGAUUGUGCCUAAAGAUUUUUACUGUUACUUGCUCAGAGAGAGCUCUGUACUCUUUCUCGACAGUUUACCUGUUAGUCUGCAGUGAUUUAGCAGACUCCUUCGUACCCUGCAAAACCUACUACAGAUGUUUUAAACCUUUAGGUCUUCUAUGUAUCGGAGAAGCUGUUUGUAUUCCAUUUUAUGAUUAUUAAAGAGAACGACAACUUUUCGGUUCGGAAAAA